CUGUGUUUCUCCUCCCUCUCGUGUUUUUCUUCUCCCUUCUGUCUGAUUCAGUUUGAUGUCAGAUAUCUGUUGACAGCGGUUAAUCAUUUGUCUAUCAGACUGAGUCGGGAAAAGGACGAAGAGAAGAACAGAGAGGAAUCAUGAGGGCUGUUUUUUUCUUCAUGUGUCUUCUCUUCCAGACCGCUCUCAAUCACCCAAGAGUAUCUGAUGAGGAUUUCUUGGGUCCGGCCCAAUGUCUGGAUCAGAAAUACACUCGGUGGUCCUGCUCUAAAGUGUUCUGUCCUCCAUGGAGGCGAUGCAUCGCAGGACAGUGUGUCUGUAAGAUACCGUACAAAUGUCCGCGGCAGAAAAUAAGCGCUUGUACGCUGGACGGAUCUGAAUAUUUCUCCAUGUGUCAGGCCAAUGCAAUCUCCUGCAGAACCAAGACGCCCAUUUUCUCACACUUCAGCGAAUCCUGCAAAGCGGAAGAUAAGGUGGAAACGUCGAUCUCUGACUCUAAUGAUGUGGUGGAGAUAAAAACUAAUUUGGGAAAAAUGCCGGUAUGUGGCAAAGGCUGGAAUAUGGCUGCAGCAAAUGUCGUUUGCCGAAACGUUAAGGGAGUCGACAGAGGAGCAGAGGCAGCGUCUAACAUCACAUACGAGUCUCUUGAUGAAGAUACUGAAUGGUCAGAUCAGUGUAUGAGGGUUCGCUGCACGGGAUCUGAGCUCUCAUUGGCUGAGUGUACGAUCUAUAAUCCAGAGCCAAUCACAAAAACUGGGGUGGCCGCUUUAAAGUGUUAUAAGGAACCUUCAGGUGAAUGUAUGAAUUUCCUCUGUGCGAAUGGGAAGUAUUUAAUCAACGGAAAACCCUGCGAUGGUGUUGAUGACUGUGGAGACAACAGCGACGAGAUGUGCUGCCAAAAAUGCAGAGGCAAGGCGUUCCACUGUAAAUCGGGUGUCUGUAUUCCCCAACACGCCGUCAAAGAUGGAAUCAGGGACUGUCUGGGAGGAGAAGAUGAACUCGAUGUGUAUUCACAUGAUUUCAAGUUUGAAAUCAUACAGAUAAUAACUCACCUUCAUGUUGUUCCAGAGAUCAGAGAAAUCCGCUCGUCUGCAGAGAGCCAGCUGCAGUGUGGCGUUCCCAAUAUGGAGUAUGUGUACAAAAAGGACAAUCACUAUUCACGCAGGAAACGUUCAGCAGGAUGGGAAGAGACCUUACCGACUCAGAUACAGUGGCAGGUGGCCGUUCAGGAUGAAGGUUUGUUCCGCUGCGGAGGGGCGUAUUUGGGCGGCUGCUGGGUUCUGACCGCCGCCAACUGCGUCAGGCCCAAACCGAAAUCCUUCCGAAUCCAUUUGUCUCUCUGGAAGAAGAAUCGCAAGCAGUCGACGACAGAGAUCGUACCAGUGAAGAACAUCCUCAUCCAUCAUGAAUAUAACCCACAAACCUACGCCAACGACAUCGCUUUGGUGCAGCUGGAGGAGAUGGUUUAUUCAGACAAGUGCAUGCAGGACAAUCCCGUGGUCCGAGCCGUCUGCGUUCCCUGGUCCACCCAACAGUUCCAGCCCAACGACACCUGCACCAUCUCCGGCUGGGGCAAAGAAGCGACUCUGAAAUGGGCAAAUGUGACGCUUGUCGACAACUGCGAGAAUUACUACAAGGACCGUUUCCUCCCUGGAAUGGAGUGUGCAGGUGACCUGGAGGGGAAGGUGGACUCGUGUCAGGGUGACUCCGGAGGGCCGCUGGUGUGCACAGACGGAUCUGGUUUGUCGUAUGUGUGGGGAAUAGUGAGCUGGGGAAAUAAAUGCAGCGAACCCAAUCAUCCUGGCGUCUACACUAAAGUGGCGCAUUACUUCGACUGGAUCCGCUCCAACACAGGCUGGCCGGCCGUUACCAAAUUUAACCAGUAAAAUGAAGGAACAGACUGCUUCACAUUUGCUGAUUGAUUCUUUUGAAAACAUGUUUUUCUCCUAUUAAAGUGCUGGUUACACAUCUACAAUCCACGUGUCUUCAUACUUUAUGCUGGACAUUUUUAUUAAACCC